AUGGAAUAUAUUGCUUCAGAGAAGGGAGAUUCAACAGAAAAUCGAGAUCCUAAUUUACUUGCCAAUGGGGCAACAAAAACUGUUGUAGAAACCAAAUCAAAUUCAGAGAAUGAAAAGACGCACAUAGAAGCUCCCGCAGAGAGUGCGGCUUGCACAUCUGACACCACAGAAGACACGGAGCUCUGUGAAAUUCCGGAACAGAUCGAAUUUACUAUAGUUUUUAAUAAAGCAAAACAUGACAUUACGUUUGCCUAUGACGCCACUGUGCUAGACCUAAAAUCACACCUGGAGAGAAUAUGCGGAGUGCCGCAAUUGGCGCAAAAAUUAAUCAUUAAGGGCAUGGCCCGCGACAGCAUGACACUCAGACAAGCUGGUGUUGUAAAAGGAGGAAAGGUGAUGCUUGUUGGAUCUAAAAUGGAUGACAUUUUAGCUAUGAAAAGUGGACCACAGGAGACGUUGGAAGAAAAAGCAAGCAGUCAGUCAAGUAAGGAGCCACUCUGCAUGCAGAAAAUUCAUAGAAAAGUUCUGGAUAAAGGCAUCCCUCCUGAUGUGAUGCCAGGAAUCAAAGGAGUAAAGGAGCCAUUACCACCAGUACCUCUCAGCGGGAUGUUAAACAAACAUGGUGGCAAAGUGCGGCUCACAUUCAAACAUGAACAAGAUCAACUUUGGAUUGGUACCAAGGAGCGCACUGAGAAGCUUGCUAUGGCAUCCAUCAAAAGCAUCACAUCAGAACCAAUCAAAGAGCAUGAAGAAUAUCAUAUCAUGGGACUCCAGCUUGGCCCAACAGAAGCAUCCAGGUAUUGGGUGUAUUGGGUACCAGCGCAGUAUAUUGAAGCUAUCAAGGACGCAGUGCUCGGCGUUUGGCAACUAUUUUAA